UACUUUGUUCAUGAAAAACUUCCCAUGCGGAAAAAGAGUCACGGAGUUUGAACAAUACUGUGAAUGAUAUCAUCAUGGUCAUUAUAAUGUAAAUACAUUAAAUACAUACGUUCUUGGUUUUUGUCGACAACAUACGUGUAUUUAUUGCAUUGGCAAAAUUAUGCUGGUUGUAAAAGUGUGUAUUAAGGACGUGGGCUGCAUCUACUACAAUGUGGUGGUACCACGAGCCAAACAAUGAUUUGGUUCGUCCAUGGAGGUAGACCUACUCCAUGUCGUAGUACAACCACACUGCUGCUUCACACGAGACAAGACAAUGGCGUCAUUCAACGACAAAGUGGCUCUAAUUACAGGUGCGACGUGUAGUAUUGGUGGCGCUACUGCGAGACGUCUAGCAUCUAUGGGGUGUAGUCUUGCCCUAACAGGUAAAGAUCAAGAUGAGUUGAUGGAACUAGCUAGGCAGUGUCAGAGACUUGGACUUUCAGACAAGAAGAUUCUACUUUUAGCUGGUGAUUUGACCGAUGACAAAAAUGUAGAAGAAGUUGUGAAACGGACUGUGGCCAAAUUUACAAGACUUGAUGUAUUGGUGAACAAUUUAUCAUGGGGAGGAAUGCAUCAGGAUAAAACACCAGGUCAUCUGUUUGAUGAGACAAUGCAAAUCAAUGUCAGAGCAGUGUUCUAUCUAACUAAACUGUCUGUCAACCAUCUCAAACAAACUAAAGGUUGCAUUAUAAAUAACUACAACGAUCAAAGUUUAACAACAAGUUCUGAAAAACUUGUUUAUGGCAUGGUCAGGACAACACUGGAUCAGUUUAUGAGAAGUUUAGCACAUGAUCUUGCCAAACAUGAAGUUCGAGUAAACUCUGUAAACCCUGGUAUGUCAACUGAACUGGACGCAAGUCAUUCUUUCAUUCUACCUACUAUAGUGAAAGGGAACAAGGACUAUCCGCCGAGUAAGCACAGUAAAGACAAAGACAUAGCCGCAACUAUUGCCUUCCUAGCGUCACAUGAUGCAGAUAUGGUUACAGGGCAACUCAUGUCUAUAGACGGUGGGAGAAGUAUACGACCUAGUAAUCCAAUGAACUGACUUGGGACUAAAUCUAGUAA